GACUAUAGCUUUUUCGUAUUUAAUUAGACACCCUAAGCGGUAAGAGUCAGUCACCAAGGACAAUGGAAAGAACCUUCACGUACCCUAUUUCCAUCCUCUUCCUUACCCUUAUCAUCAAAGGGUCUUGUGAUUGUUCCUUGAACAACAUCAAUAUUGGCACAAGAAGAAGUGGGAGAGAAAUUCAGGGCAAGCCAGAGUGGAACGUGACUGUGAUCAAUAACUGUUCUUGUGCGCAAAGUCAGAUAAAGUUGGCUUGCAAAGGGUUCCAAAGUGCAGAAAGUAUUGACCCUUCUGUUCUUUCUAUGACAGGUGAUAGCUGCAUCCUUAUAAAUGGCAAUCCCUUGAAUGGUUUUGCUACUGUUAACUUCUCCUAUGCCUGGGAUCCCCCCUUUCUGCUCUUGCCAACAAGUUCUGUUUUAGUAGCUCCUUGUUCAUAAGGAUGGAUAAUCAACAAUUAAUAGUUUUAAUUGUGAAUUUAAAUCAUGCUAUGGAUUUCAGUGGGUAUGCAGAUCAUAUUAGGCACCUUUGGAUUCUCUUUGAUUUUGUAUAAUUCGGUUUUAAUUUCCUAAUGGAACAGGAGCACAUGUAAUGUGAUUUGAUCCACAAUUAAUAUACAAAUCAAUUAUUGUGGUUGGUUAUGUAUAUUCUAAUGAAAUAUGUUAUAGCAA